UACAGGGUCAAUGCAGGAGCCUACUUGGAGUGGACAUAUCACUAAACUAAUCCUACCACCUAGUCCAAAUGGAAAGAAAAAGGGUUGAAAUUUGCCACAACAGCAGCCUCAGGCCUCACUUCUCACCUAUAAAUAGGGGAUUGUAAUUCCAUAGCUUCCCAUCUCAUAACCAUUUCUCAUUUUCAAUUUUUCUGCCUUGUAGCUUAGUUUGCUACUAAUAUUAAGCUAUGGGGUUCACAUAUGGCUACUGCCUUGUUUGUUUCAUGGUGCUACUGCCUGCAAUAUGUUACUCCCAAGACUUCAAAUAUUCUAGCGCUACUUAUUAUGGUAGCCCUGAUUGCUUAGGGACACCAACUGGAGCUUGUGGAUUUGGCGAAUAUGGAAGGACGGUCAAUGAUGCUAAUGUGGCUGGAGUUUCCAGGUUGUAUAAGAAUGGCACUGGCUGUGGUGCUUGCUAUCAGGUUAGGUGUAAGGCACCACAACUUUGCACUGAUGACGGGGUGAAUGUAGUGGCGACUGACUAUGGUGAAGGGGACAACACUGACUUCAUUCUUAGCACAAGAGCUUAUGCAAGAAUGGCAAAUCCAAACAUGGCCUUACAAUUAUUUGCAUACGGUGUCGUCGACGUGGAAUACCGGAGGAUUUCUUGCCGGUUCGCAGGUUACAACAUCAUGUUCAAGGUCCAUGAGCAUAGCAGGUUUCCUGAAUACUUGGCCAUUGUUAUUCUGUACCAAGGAGGCCAAAAUGAUAUCUUAGCCGUGGAAAUAUGGCAGGAAGAUUGCAAAGAAUGGAUAGGCAUGAGAAGGGCCUAUGGAGCAGUGUGGGACAUGCCAAACCCACCAAAUGGUUACAUUAGCUUGAGGUUCCAAGUAAGUGGAAGUGCAGGGCUAACAUGGGUACAGGCAACAAAUGCUAUCCCAAAUGAUUGGAAAGCUGGGGUUGCUUAUGAUUCAUCCAUUCAGCUCACUUAAAUGUGCAAUCAGGAUUUUUAGUAAGGUUUGGAGCUACCAGUGUUGUGUGUUUUUGCCAUGUAAGCCAAUAAGCUGAGUUUGCCAUUUUCACAUAAAAGGCUUUAUGUACUGGGCAUAAAUUUCUUAUGUGAAUAAGUAUCUCUUUUAAUUUAUAAUCUUGUUAUCACUUUAUAAUAUCAUUGUUUAGUUGAUCAAUCUAAGUUGAUGUUUACAUCUCAGUGGGUAGUAGUUUUCAGAUAUAAAAAAAUAUGUAUAGAUGAUAAAAGUAAUUGAAAUUAAAAUUUUUCUCA